GUAGCGUUCCAGUAAUCCAGUUCCUUUUCAGUGGGUUAUAUUUAAUAAUUAUUUAACAUUUUAUAUUUUUAUGUUCUUCAACCUAUGUGUAAUGUAGCGUAAUGCAUUCCUAGUACAAUGACGAUGAACAUCCAUAAAAUCUGUGGCGUUAAUGGAAGUCUUGAUUUGCUACAAGAAGGCAAUAUUUCAUCUUGUUUCAUUCAACUUUAUCUCAUUUGCCCUGUUCAUGCCAUCUUAGCUGCCAUCAAUGUCUACUACAUUCGAAAACAUCAAGAAAACCACGUUUGUACACUUGGACUAAUCAUCAAGUCAAUCCAACUAUUAUCUGCGCUUGUUGUCCUAAUAGUUGUUACCCAAAUUGCUUGUUCAUUAUCUCAACUCCAAGAUUACAAUCCAGUAUCCUACUAUUUAUCGUUAGCAUUUAUUGCAUUGGCAUGGUUUUUGACAUCAAUUUACAUGCAACUGAAAAACAAGCCUUCAUUUAUUUUUUGCACAUUUCUUAUACUAUCAUGGGGCACAACAAUUGCACAAACUUGUAGAAUUAUCAUCCAUAGUGAAUCUAGUGAACACACUAUGAAUAACAAGCAUCACAGAGUUGAAAAUUAUGGUUGUCUUGUUCGCCUUGUCUUGCAAACCUUAGCUGUGGUCAUGUUGAUGGUAGUACGGUUAAAAUGGAAUUCCAGUGGUGCUCCAAACAAACGUUUGCACACAGGUAUUCAAGCUGAGGCCAGCGAAACAGACAAGCUGUUAGGUUCAGAGGAUUUCCGUGUAUAUUACAGUGGUCUUUCAAAAGAUUAUCCAUCAGAAGAGCUCCGUAAGGUUGAUGAAAACUCUGGAAUAUUGUCAAGGACUAUGUUCUGGUGGGUAUACGAACUUAUGAAGAAAGGUCUGGAAGACAAACUGAAAGUUGCUGAGGAUUUGUAUUGCCUGCCAGCAUCAUUGUCCACCAAACACAUUGCAGAAUCAUUUCGAAGAAUACUCCAAAAAAUGCACAAGUCUCUAAACAGAAAUGAUCAUGGGACAUGCGGAUCUGAUGAAAAGAAUAAUGCGACAAAGUAUUUAUUGUUAAAGGCUCUGCAUAAGGCAUUUGGUGUGCAGUAUUAUUCAAUUGGUAUUUUGAAAUUUCUUGGUGACUGUCUUGGGUUUGCUGGGCCAUUGUUAUUACAUGCACUCGUCUCGUUUAUGGAGAACAAACAGGAACCGAUGGAACAUGGAUACUAUUACGCUGCUGGGCUGUUUGCUUCUACUUUAGUUGGUGCAUUCAUUUCUGCACAUUAUGGAUAUCUUGUGAAUAAAGUUGGAUUGAAGAUUAGAGCUGCUGUGAUAACGUCUGUUUAUCACAAAACUUUGGCUGUUAAAUCCACUGGUCUUUACUUGUUCUCAACUGGCGAGGUGGUUAACUUCAUGAGCACGGAUACAGAUCGUAUCGUCAAUUUUUGUCAAAGUUUUCAUCAGUUUUGGAGCCUUCCUUUUCAAGUUGCGGUUUCUUUGUAUCUGCUUCAUCAACAGGUUGGCUUAUCGUUUCUGGCUGGAUUGUGUUUUGCCAUCCUACUCAUUCCUAUAAAUAAAUGUCUGGCUGUGAAAAUACGGAAAUAUUCUGAAAACAUGAUGGAGAAAAAAGACGCAAGAGUUAAGGUAAUGAACGAAAUUCUUUAUGGUAUUCGAGUGAUCAAAUUUUAUGCUUGGGAAAGAAUGUUCUCCUCAAAAGUUCAUGAACUCAGAUCUGGGGAAUUAAAGAAUUUGAAAGGGAUGAAAUAUCUAGAUGCCCUGUGUGUAUAUUUCUGGGCUACAACUCCUGUGCUGAUAUCAAUCUUGACAUUCUGUACUUACGUCUUAUUAGGAAACACAUUGACAGCUGCCAAGGUAUUCACAAGUAUUGCUUUAUUCAACAUGUUAAUAUUUCCUCUGAACGUCUUUCCUUGGGUAAUUAAUGGUUUGAUCGAGGCCUGGGUCUCGCUAAACCGGGUGAACAGGUUUCUAAUUCUGGAAGAACUGGACUUGAAAGAAUUUUACAGUUCAAGCAUCGGAAAUGGUAAAAUGGAUUCCAGAACAAUGAUUCUUCUAGAGGAUGCUGAUUUCACGUGGAACUCUGGUGGACUUGAGGCUGAUCUGUGUUCAACUAAAAAUGACGAUGUUGGUCAUUCAAAUGAUUUAUUAAAACACAAAGAAAGUGAUGGGAAAGCUGAAGAAAAAGUCGCUCAUACACAGCCAUUGCAGAAGAUUAAUCUAUCUGCUUAUCAGGGUCAAUUCAUUGGCGUUAUUGGCCACGUGGGUUCUGGCAAGAGUUCUCUUCUCUCCGCAAUUACCGCUGACAUGGACAAAUCGCAGGGCAAGGUUUAUGUGGCUACGCUACAAGAUGGUUUUGGACUCGCUAGUCAAGAACCAUGGAUACAACACGCUACUGUGAGAGAGAACAUACUGUUCGGAAAGGCUUUUGAUCGCAGCAAAUACCAGGCAGUUCUAAAGGCGUGUGCCCUGGAGGAGGAUUUAAAAAUACUUCCUGCUCAUGAUCAAACAGAAGUAGGAGAAAAUGGCGUUACACUUAGUGGAGGACAGAAGGCAAGAAUCUCGCUGGCACGAGCAAUUUAUCAGGACAAAGAAAUUUAUCUUCUGGAUGAUCCAUUAGCCGCAGUUGAUACUCACGUCGCCUCACACAUCUUCACACAUUGCAUUAUGGGUGUUCUUAAACAUAAGACCAGAAUUCUUUGCACGCAUCAUUGGAAAUACCUACAUGAUGCUGACGUGAUUGUUGCCAUGGAGCACGGGAAAGUGGCUUGUAAUGGUUUCCCGAAUGAAGUUUUGAAGAAAACUACUUGGAUCAGUAAAAUGUCACGAAAGAAAGUUGAAGAAAAUCUUUCUGAUCCAGGUUUAGUUGAGGAGGAAGAAAAAGAUGUUGGUGUUGUAAAAUACGAUGUUUAUCGUUCAUACUGGCAAGCCGCUGGUGUCUGUUUGACAAUCAGUAUCUUACUCUCUUUGUUUCUAAUGCAAGCCUCUCGUAACAUCAGUGACUGGUGGCUGGCUUACUGGAUCUCUCACGACAAACAUUCCCAAUCCACCAAUGAUACGUCUUCAUAUGGUCACGUGCUCUGGCCACCUCACGCGUCCAGUGAAGUCCACAGCGACCCUGAGGUUCUUCACGCCACUCAUCUUAGGAUCAAGACUGGAAGUUUAACAUUUUACCUCGUUGUUUACGGAGGAAUAGCUUUUGCAAAUACGGUUUUUACGUUUUUUAGAGCGUUUCUCUUCGCCUACGGCGGAGUAAAGGCCGCCCAGGUUAUUCACGAGAAACUUUUGAAGAGUAUCCUUGCAGCACCCGUGUCAUUCUUCGACGUAACGCCGAUUGGGCGUGUGGUGAACAGAUUCUCGUCUGAUACAUAUUCUAUCGAUGAUUCUCUGCCAUUUAUGAUGAACAUAUUUCUGGCUCAGUUGUUUGGUGUCGUUGGUACAAUAUGUAUUACAUGUUAUGGUCUCCCAUGGUUUUUACUAGUUCUUUCCCCUCUCGCCUUUUUUUACUUCAAGAUUCAGAAUUACUACAGAAAGACAUCCAGAGAGGUCAAGCGUUUCAUGACCGUUACUCUUUCUCCAGUCUACGCGCAUUUCUCGGAAACCUUGAAUGGCUUGCCGACCAUCCGUGCGCUCAGGGCCUCGGAACGAUUCCGGGUCGAGAAUGAGAAGAGACUAGAACUGAAUCAACGCGCAAAUUUUUCUGGUCUAGCGGCGUCACAGUGGUUGAGUUUACAUCUUCAAAUGCUUGGCGUUGCUAUGGUUACUUGCGUCUCGUUUAUUGCUGUGUUGGAACAUCACUUUAGCUCAGUUGAUCCAGGUUUGGUUGGUCUCGCUAUUUCCUACGCUCUAACGAUAACGAAUCAACUCUCAGGUCUCGUGACGUCAUUCACUGAGACCGAAAAACAGAUGGUCAGCGUAGAGAGAGCAAUGCAGUAUGUCAGCGGCGUUCCACAUGAAGUUGAUGGACUCUGCAUUCCUCCGUUAUCUUGGCCAAAUCAAGGAAAAAUUACCUUCAAUAACGUUUCGCUUAUUUACAGGCCAGGUCUCCCGCCAGCAUUACGUCAAGUAACGUUUGAAACUCUGCCAAAUGAGAAAAUUGGAAUUGUUGGUCGAACAGGAUCUGGGAAGUCCAGUUUAUUUCUUGUUCUCUUUAAGAUUGUUAGCCUUCAAAGCGGUCAUGUUACAAUAGACGGUCUUGAUAUUGCAACAUUACAUUUAGGAAGAUUAAGGUCAUCUCUGGCGAUUAUUCCACAAGACCCGUUCCUCUUUUGUGACAGUGUGAGGAAGAAUGUCGACCCAACAAAUCAAUUUGACGACGCUCAGUUAUGGCAUGUUCUUGACUGUUGUUACCUUAAACAAGCAGUUCUUGAACUAGGGGGACUCGAAGCAAAUGUGGGUGAACGCGGUCGUAAUCUUUCUUGUGGCCAAAGGCAAUUGAUAUGUCUUGCAAGAGCUUUGUUGACGAAAGCAAAGGUUUUGUGUAUUGACGAGGCAACUGCAAGUGUGGAUUUUGAGACGGAUAAGUUGAUUCAAAAGGCGAUACGGGAUGAAUUUCAGUCAAGUACUGUUCUUACUAUAGCGCACAGAAUUGAGACAAUCUUGGACAGUGAUCGUGUGCUGGUGAUGGACAAGGCUCAAGUCGCAGAAUUCGGCCCUCCUGACGAAUUACGAAGAAAUAAAGACUCGUUAUUUUCAACUUUAAUAAACGAGACGUACUAACGGAAGAUUGCUUCCAAUUUUUAGGGAUGAUAAAUGUAAAGCAGUUAGAAUUCUAAAAUUUAUAUUAAUAAAUGCAAAAAUGGCUUUAUGUUUAUUUAUAUAUCUAGAGAAAAUAAA